AUGAGGAACAAAGGCAAGUACAAGGGAUCAAGUUCAAAGGAGUACAAAAAGGACAUGAGCAAAGUGGUUUGUCACAACUGCAAGGAGGCUGGGCAUCUCAAGUACAACUGUCCGAAACUUAAAAAGGAGGACAAAGGAAAGAAAGAAAAGAAGAAAGUGCUCAUGACAUCUUGGGAAGAUCUUGAAAAUGAUUCGGAUGAGGAAGAGGACUCAGAAGGCGAAGCUCAAAUCUGCUUCAUGGUUGGGGAAGAUCAACUUGAUGAGGUAAAUUACUAUGACUUGCACAUAGAUGAUUUACAUGUCAUAAUUGAUGAUCUCACACUAAAUUCUGCAAAAUUCCUGGAAAAAUACAAUAAAUAUAAAUCUGAAAAAGAAAUGUUGAAAGCUGAAAAUGAUUUCUUGAAAGAAAAAGUGAUAGAAACCGAAUGUGCAUUGGAUAUUAUUGAAAAAACAGAUUUCUGA